AUGGAUAAUAUACCAACUGAAGAGCCCGGGAAAAAUGAUAAUUUGUCUACUGUUCCGGCCCGUUGGGUGACAAAUAGUCUCCUGAAUGAGUCAUUGAUGGAGAAACAGGUUUCGCAUUACGACAAGAUCGAAAAACAUUUAACAAAGCUUCCUCAAUUCAAAGAUAGCGAGGAGUUCUUUGAAUGUCUGGCUCAUUUCACCGAUGAAGCUGCAGAAUUGACCGAUCUGAGUCGAUUCGAGGACCAGUUUACCGCAGAGUCGGAAUCGCACAAGUACGAGGUCAUCAUAGAGAAUCAACGAGGAGCCACCAUGUUGGGUAUUCCAAUGUACAGCAAGGAAUCGCUGUUGUAUCCUCUGGACCCGCCCAAAUUCCAAACCCUUAAGGGCCACGCUAUCACAAGUUUGAACCUUUAUCCUUUGCCGAGUAAGAGCUGGAAAUGGAGCUGGAAUCACUGGUACAUUCUAAUGAUUAAAGACGUGGAUCAAGAGGGAUGGGUUUAUUCGCAUAUCAGGUUUGGAAGUCGCAAGUGGAAGGGGAUAGGUCGUUUUGGGAAUUUUGUUCGCAGGCGCGUUUGGGUGCGGAAGCGGGAAAUGGUGCCGGAUCUGGAACAGUAUUCUCUGCAUCUACCAACAUCCUUGACUCUCGACGGGAAGCACAUCGAAGAAGAGUUUGAGGAACAACAAGAAAUUAUCGAGGAACAACCAGAAAAACUGCAGAUCCCGGUGAUUGUCGAGUCGAACGAUCCGUCCGAAUCCUCUUCAACGUUCCUCGAGUACGAUCUGCUCUCUUUAUUUUCAAAGCUGAACGAGCUCAAGAUCGACAGACUGAAAAUCGAGGAGAUCUUACGGUUCCUGUUCAAUUCCACGCCAGAAACUCUCAGUGCAUUAAUCGCUAACUACAACGGCUCAGACGAAACGUCUUGGCUGCUCAAAAUGAUGUCACAGCUCCAAUUCAACCAGUCUAAAAAAACGUUUCUGCAAAAGUUCGAAAGCAAGCUCGAUUUCCCAAGCGAUACGUCUUCAAAAUUGUACGAAAUCUACAGGAUCUGUGAAAUGAUUCUUACAGACAGCUUCUAUGACUCGCAAAGACGUCAAAUGAUACCCAAAGAAAUAUAA